AGACCCGAUUUCUGAGUCAAAUUGGCCGGGGACUCACUUCAAUCGGCAUCUAUAAGCUCAGCACCUUUCAAACUGCAAAAUUUUCCAACUCUCCUUCAAGAUUUUCCGCAACAAAAUCGAAGUGAGCUCAAAACCCUAGAAAAGCAGAAGCUAUUGUAAAGGAGAUUGAUGGAGGAAGCAGCUCAGAACGAGAAAGGAAACCCGCCGUCGACGGCAGUAACGGCGGUGGAGGAGACGGAAGACGAGCCGGUUAUUGGACCGGGUCCAGCUCCUCAUGUUAGUAAAAAACGUCCUCUCCAGUUUGAGCAAGCCUAUCUCGAUUCCCUUCCUUCAGCUAACUUGUAUGAAAAAAGUUACAUGCACCGAGAUGUAGUCACUCAUGUUUCUGUGUCAGGAGCAGAUUUUUUCAUCAGCGGGAGUGCUGAUGGCCACCUGAAAUUUUGGAAGAAAAAGCCUAUUGGUAUCGAGUUUGCAAAACAUUUUAGAUCUCAUCUUGGACCAAUUGAAGGCCUUGCAGUUAGUGCUGAUGGUAUGCUUUGCUGUACGAUCUCAAGUGACAAGUCUCUGAAAAUAUAUGACGUAGUGAAUUUCGACAUGAUGUCCAUGAUACGACUUCCAUUCAUACCUGGUUGCGUUGAAUGGGUAUAUAAGUUAGGGGAUGUCAAAGCUAAGCUUGCUGUUAGUGAUCGGAACUCCUCUGUUGUGCAUAUAUAUGACGCAAGAGCUAGUACAAAUGAACCUAUCAUAACUAAAGAGAUACAUUUGUGCCCCAUCAAGGUCAUGAAAUACAAUCAUGUCUUUGAUACUGUGAUAUCAGCAGAUGACAAAGGGAUCAUUGAGUACUGGAGUCCUGCCACUCUUCAGUUCCCAGAGAAUGUGGUGAACUUUAGAUUGAAGAGUGAUACUAAUCUCUUUGAAAUUGUGAAAUGCAAAACUGCUGUUUCUUCUAUAGAGGUAAGCCCUGAUGGUAAACAGUUUUCUGUAACUUCACCAGAUCGUAGGAUUCGUAUAUUUUGGUUCAGGACAGGUAAACUAAGACGUGUGUAUGAUGAAUCUCUGGAGGUGGCACAAGAUCUCCAGAGGAGUGAUGUUCCUUUAUACCGGCUUGAAGCUAUUGAUUUUGGGCGACGAAUGGCUGUGGAAAAAGAAAUUGAGAAAACAGAAUAUGCACCACAACCUAAUGCUGUUUUUGAUGAAAGUUCCAACUUCAUUAUAUAUGCAACUCUCCUAGGAAUUAAAGUUGUAAAUCUACAUACGAACAAGGUAUCUCGUAUCCUGGGGAAGGUAGAGAGCAAUGACAGGUUUUUGAGGAUUGCCUUGUACCAAGGUGAUAGAAGUAGUAAAAAGGUAAGAAAAAUUCCUGCUGCUGCAGCAAAUGCCAAUGAAAGCAAGGAGCCCCUGAUAGAUCCGACUCUACUUUGCUGUGCUUUCAAGAAACAUAGAAUCUAUUUGUUCAGUCAGAGAGAACCUGAGGAACCUGAUGAUCCUACUAAGGGAAGAGAUGUCUUUAAUGAAAAGCCAUCUGCCGAUGAACUUUUGGCUGUAUCUGACAUAGGGAAGUCUGUCACUACAUCCCUUCCAGAUAAUGUGGUCCUGCAUACCAGUAUGGGUGACAUUCACAUGAAGCUAUACCCUGAAGAGUGUCCAAAAACAGUGGAGAACUUUACAACACACUGCAGGAACGGAUACUAUGACAAUUUGAUAUUUCAUCGGGUCAUCAGAGGCUUUAUGGUUCAGACAGGAGAUCCAUUAGGAGAUGGCACAGGUGGCCAAUCUAUUUGGGGAAGGGAGUUUGAAGAUGAAUUCCAUAAAAGCCUGCGACAUGAUAGACCCUUCACUGUCUCGAUGGCUAAUGCUGGGGCAAACACCAAUGGCUCUCAAUUCUUCAUAACAACUGUUGCCACUCCGUGGUUGGACAAUAAGCACACAGUUUUUGGCAGAGUAGUAAAAGGAAUGGACGUUGUACAGUCAAUAGAGAAAGUGAAGACCGACAAAAAUGACAAACCAUACCAGGACGUAAAAAUAUUAAAUGUGACUGUUCCAAAGUCUUAAAUGGGUUUUUGUUGCGGCUGUGCUCCAUCAUGGAAGGUAUACAACUAAUUCUGGAUCAUUGGAUGGGUUAAAACGACUUAUGGUGGAAUCUAUUGGUAGUCCUCGUUGGACCCUGAUCUGACAUGUAGUCUUUAUGAUUUUUGACUUGUGGUAUUCUUCUCAAAUUUAUUAUACCAUCCACUUUUUGCCUUUUGAGAUUUUUUGUUCUUCUUUUAGGGAAAGUUUAUCACCAUUAAUGUGUUCAUCAAACCUUGUGAACUUGGGUACAUUCUUACGUCCAUUUAUAGACCCUUUUGAUGAGUCAUCGCAAAAAUUUUGAUUGUAGCUGUGUAAGUUUAUUUAAUUCUUUCCUGCUGUAUAAAAAAAACUGCUGUAUCAUGUGAUCAAAAGUUUAAGAGGUGAAGUCACUUCUAUCUUCUUGCAGACUUUA